UCAUUAAAAUGAAGCAGAGAAGAAAAACAGAAAUAAAAUUAAAGCAAACGGAACAAGCUUGUUGGAAAUUUUAGUAUCAUAUAUUUUUGAAGAACACACUUGGGGGCUGACUGAAUAGUACUCCCAUUGAAGCUGUACUGUGGCAAUACGUAUGUAGGUGCGUGUAUAUUUACGCAGAGGCACGCACACACACACACACACGAACACAGACGGAUGUUGUUCUUGUUUUUGUUUUAUGCAAGCAACAGAGGCUAUUAAUAAGAACAUUCUGAAAUAAUAUAAUGCUAGAAAAAGUCGGCCGAAUCUGUUGCUGUGCAUUAAUACGUCAAAAAUGAGAACGACACAAAGCAAAAGUCGUCAAUAAGGGAAAAACAAGUGAAGGAAAGCAAAAGUGCGGACGCAAACAGUGCGCAAAUAAAUAAAUAAAUCGAAAUUUCGAUUUUGAAUCAAGUGUUUCUGGCCCCCGAAUUAUUAUAAAAUACGCAUAGUCCAUAUAGAAGCGCGCACAUCCAAUUGUUACAUACACAACAUAUAGCACAAAAAGGAGAAAAAUAGCCGAAUCUUGGGCAUUUCAAAUAACACCCCAUCAAUGGAUGACGAAUUGGAAGACAAGAUCUUCUAUCAGACAUACGUUUCGCAUAUGAAAAUUCUAUCCAAGUUCGCAGUGGGCUUCUCGUCCAUCAAUUCGCCCUUGGCAUAUCUAUGGAAACUAUGUCGUCUCUAUGUGCUCCGGCCGGAGGUCAUCUUCUGUGGCAUCAUUUUAUUUGUCUUGUUGAUCUAUUUGCAAGCGGUAGAUGUCUGGAGUCGCAGCAUAUUGGGACGCAUCCAGGCCACGCUGGGGCGACAGAAGGCGCCACGUGCCAUCGACAUGACGGGCGGCGCCGGCGAUCACCAGAGCUGGGAGGAGGUGCGACAACAAAGUGCCGCCUUCGCUGUGCUAGGACGCCGACCGCACAUGGAGGACAGAUUUAUCAUUGAGGAGAACAUCAACAACAACACGGACAUUUCGUUCUUUGCCGUUUUCGAUGGACAUGGCGGCGAGUUUGCCGCCAACUUUGCCAGAGAUGUCUUGGUCAAGAACAUCUACAACAAGAUAAUAGAGAUUAACAAGCUCCUAAAGAGCGAGACCUUAACCGAGUACACUGGCUACGAUAAGAGCCCGUAUCUGGCGCGCAAACAGAGCCGUAAAGAUGUGUCCAACAAGGAGAACGCUGAGCCCGCCGUCGCACGCCGGGACAGUUUGCGCAAGGCGAACAGCUUGACAGCCGAUUGCAGCGCAAUUAAACAAAAGACAACGGAGGCAACUGUGGCCGACAUCUACACAGCGCAGCUAAACAGCGCGAUGCGCGCCAGCGGCAACAGCAACAGCGCGGCCAAAGAUGCAUUUCUCAAUAACAACAAUAAUGCGCAGAACUCCGGCAAUGCGCCGCCGCCCAGCUACGACGCCAAAUGCUAUAUCGAAAAUGGACGCAUCAAUUUUGGCAAGCUCAUCACAGACGAGAUAAUGUCAGCCGAUCACAAGCUGGUCGAGCAGGCCAAGCUUGCAACGAACAUAGCCGGCACCACAGCAUUGAUUGCGAUUGUGAAGGACAGCAAACUGAUUGUGGCCAAUGUGGGUGAUUCCCGUGGCGUUAUGUUUGAUGCACGCGGCAUUGCCAUACCAUUGUCCUUUGAUCAUAAGCCGCAGCAGGUGCGGGAACGCAAACGCAUACACGAUGCUGGCGGCUUUAUUGCCUUUCGCGGCGUUUGGCGCGUGGCUGGGGUCUUGGCCACGUCACGAGCGCUGGGUGAUUAUCCCCUUAAAGAUAAGAAUCUAGUCAUAGCUACACCGGACAUUUUGACCUUCGAGCUAAAUGAUCACAAGCCGCGUUUUCUAAUACUCGCAUCGGACGGCCUUUGGGACACAUUCAGCAACGAGGAGGCCUGCAGUUUUGUGCAGGAUCAUCUCAAGGAGCCAGAUUUUGGGGCCAAGUCACUGGCCAUGGAAUCGUAUAAGCGCGGCUCUGUGGACAAUAUCACCGUAUUGGUAAUUGUCUUUAGGAACGACGUCUACAAAAUUUGCAGCUCAUCGGCUGGCAAAACGGGCGACGCUCCUUUGGCCAAAUCACCGUCUGUGAAAAACGUCCUCGACCGCUCGAAUUCGAUCAAAACCAAGUGACGGGACUGCUCAUAUACAAAAAUGCUCUUAGGCCUCCCUGCCCUAUUUAAAUAGCAACCUAAUAAAGUGCCCAAAAUAUU